AUGAGCAGUGUGUGCCCUGUCUGUCCGCAGAUCUCGCUGGUGAUAAUCUUCAUAGUGGCGGUGAUCAUCUACCGGGUGCUGGUGUCCAUCCCGCUGUUCCAAAACGCCACCUUCCGCUCGCAGGCACAAGCGAUCGCCAACGUGACCGGCGCCGUCGUCAACCUCUGCCUCAUCAUGGCCAUGAGCCGCGUCUACGAGAAGCUGGCCUUCAAGCUCACGGCCUGGGAAAUGCACCGCACACAAACAGAGUUCGAUGACAACCUGACAUUCAAAGUAUUCAUUUUCCAAUUCGUGAACUUUUACUCCUCCAUUUUCUACAUCGCGUUCUUCAAGGGCCGCUUUGUGGGUUAUCCAGGGAACUACACUCUCAUUCUGAAACUGCGCAACGAGGAUUGCAACGCAGGCGGUUGUCUUAUUGAACUUGCACAGCAGCUGGCGGUCAUAAUGAUCGGCAAACAGAUCAUCAAUAACGCACAAGAAAUCCUGGUGCCCAAGAUGAAGGCUUGGUGGCAGAAGAGAAAGAUAAAACUCAGCAAGAAGCACAAAACGCGAUGGGAAGAGGAUUAUCAGUUAAUUGACAAUGAAGGCUUAUUUCAAGAGUAUUUAGAAAUGGUGUUGCAGUUUGGAUUCAUCACCAUCUUUGUAGCGGCCUUUCCUUUAGCUCCGUUCUUUGCCCUCCUCAACAACUGGGUGGAAAUAAGACUGGAUGCUCAGAAGUUUGUUUGUGAAACGCGCCGCAUGGUGGCAGAAAGAGCGGAAAACAUUGGAAUCUGGUUCAAAAUCCUCGACAUGCUUGCUCAUCUGGCAGUUAUCAGUAAUGGAUUCUUGAUAGCCUUCACCUCGGAGUUUCUCCCGAAGCUGCUUUAUCAAUACGAGUAUGACUGGGACUUGGUGGGAUAUGUUAAUUUCACACUGGCACAAGCGCCGGAAGGUACAACAAACAUGCCCUGUCGGUAUCGUGGGCUUCGGGAUGAACAAGGCAAGCAUACGCCUUUCUUUUGGAGAUUACUUGCAGUGCGGUUUGCCUUCGUCAUUGUUUUUGAGCAUGUGGUGUUCGGAGUGUGCCGCCUAAUUGAUGUGCUUGUACCUGACAUCCCAGAAAGUCUUGAACUAAAAAUCAAACGAGAAAGGUAUUUGGCCAAGCAGGCUCUUCAAGAUUCCGAGACUAUCUUGAAGGUGGCCGCCCGAAAAGAUGAUGAGGAAGACGAGCGUAUUCCCAAUGGCGGCAUGGUGCUUGAUCUCACAGCGGAGCUUGGGGAUGACCUGAGCUACGGAGAAAUAAACAAUAUAGCUAAACACCACACAACCGUCGAAAUGGGCACAGACUCGGAGGACACAAACAGCCAAACAGGGACGCCUGAAGUCUUUAAAAGGAGAAGUGCAACUAGUCAAAGGAGGGAUAAAAGAGGGAGGCAUUCUCAGAUAUCUGAGGGCUCCAAGGAGAGUAAUCAUAAGACAUGACGUAAGUUAUCCACCCUGUGAACAAACAAGACAUUCCAAACAAUACGUAAGAGUACAUUUAAAACAGAAUUUUGAAAAUUUACAAAAAUAUUUAGUAGUUAGAGAGAAGCAUAGCAGAAUAAAAUGUAAUAGGAAACAAUUUCAUUCAUAUCAAUAAAAAAUAAAUUUUCUAAAGAAUAUAUCUAAUCUUUUGUCUUUCAAACUACUGCAAUAUCAAUAUAUCAAUAAAGUUAUCUAAGACGACAUCCAGUCAAUGUCAAUAAACGUGAUCUUAGGAUGCGUUUCUUUAUCUUGUCCCCAAUGAUGUCAAUAAGCAAUUCCCAAUGUAAACAUAAUUUCCUGGCUUCAAAUAUGUAUUAGACGAGAUGAAAGUAUUUAUGUGUUUUAUUUCUAAUCCAUGGCGUGUUAUUUAGCUGUCUGAAUGUUUUAUGUUUCUUGUUCUGAUCCAAAUCUGCUAUAAUGCUCUCUUUCUGUGUUAAGUGUCUCAAGUCUUGUUUGUAUGCUGUAAGAUGCAGGUGUCACAGGGAUGGAUACAGUAAACAAAUGUACCUUAUCAUUUUGUGAUAACAACAAAGACUUUUCAAUUGGACUAAAGUUACCACAAGAUUUUUUUUUAAGAAACCAAAUGAGGAACAUUCUUCCAUUUUGAAAGCAACAACGAGAGCUGUAUUUUUGUGCAAUUCUAGAGAAUGGUCAUCGUCUAAAAUUUUUAACACUGAGAUACACAAGAUCUCAAGCAAAAUCAUGAAAUGAGUUAAACAAGAGAAUUAGGAAUAUAAAUAAGUGGCCAAUAUUGAAAAUUUCUUUGGUACCUUGUAAAAUCCCUUUGAUGGAAUUUACAAGAGACUAACUGGAAAGACCCUGGGGCAAAUUGCAACAAUGCAUUCUAACUUCUUUUAAAAACAGAUCCUCGUUAAAAGUCAAUUGUGAAUAGACUGCAUUUCAAAGGAAUGUGUGAGACAGUUUUCUUUAAAUUAUUGCAUAUUGUUAAGAAAAUAGAUUUAAUGUUAUCAUGGUUGUGAAUAUAAGUUAAAUUUCUAUGAAAUUAUCUGUAUCAUUCCAUGUUGAAUGUUUUACUUGUUCAUCUAUUAUUUAUUUGAAUAACACAUGUAUAUAAUAACAUUUUUAAAUCACUUUCACAUUUUAUAUUCAUGUUUAUGGUGUAUGAAAAUAGUUUCACAUCUUGCAUAUUGUUUCCUUUUUCACAGAUAUGCUUUAAUAAAUUGCCUUUCUUUGUUUCUAUAAGGUUGCAUACUAUCUUCCUCAUAUGUCUACCAAAAAUGAGAUUCUUGUAUUCCUUAAUAUUGUCUUAGAAGCACACAUUACAUCAUUAAAUUUGGACAAGUUCCCAUCAAUGUUUCUUCCAAUUAUAACUGCAGGCCUAAAACUCUUGCAUGCAUUUGUAUUAGUAAUAUUAGGACACAUAAUGUGUACAAAAAUGUCUUUUUUUAUUGGUACCAUAUGUAAGACUAAAGUAUUCUGAUCGAAUAAAGGGAAAACAGAAAAUGUUAUUAUACAUGAAAGUAUAAUAUAGAAUAUACAUUCCAUUCUAAUAGAGAAUGUUAUUAUAAUAAUGCUUCAUUGGUACAAAUUUUAGAACAUGUCAAAUUAGAGCAAAUUUAAAAGGUUUUGUUUUCUUUCCCUAAAUGCUCUUUCAUUGUGUGCUGAGACAAAAUACCUCAAGCCUGCAUAUCUGUAAUACCUUUUUCACAAACAACAUAAAAACCGUAGACUAGAAAUUUAUAAGAAAAAAUCUUGGAUCGUCCAAGUACUCCUUCCAAAUAUCUCUUUAAUCUUUGUCUUGAUAAAUUAUACCACAAAUUAAGUAUGCACCUUAGAAUCAUUACAUUGGUUUUCUAUUUUCAAUAAAAUUUAUAUAUUAAAAUGGUACAAACUGACUCUUGUUCGUGUUUAACGAUUAAAAAUGAUUUUUUAAGGAAAUAUUUAAUUGUCAAUUAUCAGAUUAUUGUUGAUAUUUAUUUUAUUUCCAACAUUAUCAAGUGUUGAGAUUGAAAGUGUAGCUUUGUUUACAUAUUGUGUAGUAUGAAACAGUUCAUGGUGUUUGAAGAAGGAUGAAUAUAAAAUAUUGGUUGACUUUUCCUCAUCCACAUGAUAUCUUAAAAAAUCAUUUUUAAAAUUAAAGCAAGAUGUCUGAUGAAUGAUGAAUGCUUCUGACUAAAUGUUUCAUUGCUGAAAAAAUUUGAAAAAAUGAUAUUGAUAAAGCAUAUGUUAUUGCCAGUACUCACAAGUGACAAAAGUGCUGAAAGCAACCUCAUAAAUGAGUAAUAUUAUUCUAAAUUUACAUACGGUCAUAUUACCAUAAUUGACGAUUGCAAAUGCUUUACAUGUUAUUUAAAACAUAUCUGUUUCUUGUUGGCCAGUUAAGGCAUUAGAAAUUCAAAAGACUGAAUGAGGUAGACAUACACUGUAAAUAUGAAAAAGAAGUAGCUUCCAGUCCAGUCUUGUGAUGCUGUGCAAUUAAAUGUCGAGAUUUAUAUGUGGCAUAUCUAAACGCAUGUUAUGGUUUUGUUAUAGUCAGUUGUAAAUAAAAUAUUUAUAAAUUACGUUUAUAAAAAUAUAUAGUUGUUAAUAUUGUGUAAAUGUAAAUAUUGCAGACUAUUCAGUAAAGUUUAUAGAUGUUAAUUUAAGCACAGUACGUUGUAGUUAUAAUUUUACAAUUUUUAAGAGAAUCUUCUUCUUAUUAUAUACUAUUCUUCUCUUCCAAAAUUAUUUAUGUAAAUAAAUCACAGUGCCUAUAAAAAGAAAUAGUGGAAAUAAUUGUGAGAAAAAAGACAGAUCUAUUGAAAAAACUUGAGUGAAACUCGUGCCAAACUUUAGAUCUAAAUUUGGUAAGAGUUUCAGAAUGACAUUAGGGGUAUUCAUUAUAUCUAAACAAUUUAGAACAGAUUGAAAUUAACACAAAAUCCAAUAAUAAAUCAAUGCUGGUCCUAAGAGCAAAAUUGAAUUUUAAAAUUAACUCUUCAUUUUUAACUCUAAUAAUUGUGAGAGCACAGACAUGCACAACCUUAAAGAAGGAGGCCAAUUACAUUUCUGGGCCCUGUUUUCCAUUUUAAUUUUUAAGCUUACACGUGACCUUUUUCUUGUACAACAAUUUUAAGUCAUUUUUUGAAAUAUAUUUCUGGACCGUUGUAGGUAGGAAGGAAUCUAACUUGGCCAUAGCUUUCUUGGCUCUAGCUCCUUUCAACUAAGUUGGUCCUCUUUUAGUUUGCAGUCAAAAGUUUGUUACCAAGUUUCUUACUACUUUUGUUUGUUACCAAUACAAUUUAGGUACCCGACAUAUUAUUUCCAAAUUUUUACCUAAUUUUUUCCUAAUUUUUUGGAAAAUUUUAAAAUGUUCAUAAAUUUAAUUUUAUAUUUUUCAUUCAAUACUUUCAAUUUGAUUUCAUACAGUUAAGGAAUUAAAAGCAGCAUAAAUAAAUAUAAAAAAUAGUUACUGAAAAAUAACAAUGGUAUGAGUUAAUGUCUUCAGCACAGCUAGAGUUGACUUUUAUAACAAAUAAAAUGCCAAAGUGUCAAAUGUAUAGUUAGGGUAACAAUGUAUGGAUACAAUAUGUAUCCAUUGUUUUGUUAUAUUUACUGUGAAUUUUAAAACGUAUCUAGAGGUUCUGUACGUCACUCAUAUCAGGGAUUUACAUGUUUAAAGAAUAAAAUAUUUAUCACGUAUGGCUACAGGCCUCUUUCAAAAUUUUCAGUGGGAUCAUGCCCCUCCUGGCUCCCCUGUAUGAACACCUACGACAGUUAUUAGCACUUCUCCCUGGUAAAGAAACAUUGCAAUAGUGAAACCUUUGCACUACAAGUGUAUGAUUACACACGAGUCUGUUGGGGGGUUCUGCUGGCACUGACAAAUAAAGGCAAGGUUUCACCAAGACAUAAGCAUUUUAUCUAAGAAAAUAAUAACUGCCAAAUUACACCAAUCUAGUUUAAACUUUUUUUUAGGCUUGAGCUUACGAAAAUGACAAAAAGAUGUUCUCUUCUUUUGGAUUGUAGAAUCUCAACUGAUGAACACUACCAUAAACACACUAAAUAUUUGAAUAUUUCACUUAAAAUUUAAUAUACAGAUGAAUAGUAUUUCCCUAGAGUCAUAUUGAAAGUUUCAUUUCAUAUUCACAAUAUCAGUGAAUAUAAAUUAAUUUAUUUCUAAGGAUCAAUCCCUAAUCUCCUUCUUGUGACUGCUAAAAGGGAGAGAAGUGGGGGAGUUAUGAUAAGCUACAAAUACAAACAAUAUUGAAUAUUGGUAGAAUUUGAGGAGGCAUGGAUAACGGGUGAAAAAUAUAAUAUUUGGUACAUUCUCUUGAAAGAAACUCUGAAAUAUACAUUUACAUUUCUUAUGUUACUUGUUACUUGUUGCUGAGUGUUUACUUCACACCCAAGUCCUGUGUUCAAUAUUUUGAAACUAACAUUGAUAAUAAAUUUUUAAUUUUUCACCACAAAAAUGUACAUGUUUAUAACUGUACUUACAUUUUUAUUAUGAUAUUAACAUAUAAUGCUGUUUAUUUCACACCACAAGCCUUAAGGAUUCAUAAAUGUUUGUGGAAUUAACAAAAGUUACAAUAGCAUCAGAGUUCACCUCCUGCCAAAUUGAAUUGAUUUUUAUUUAACAAUUUUAAUUACUUUUACUCUAUUUUUUCAAUAAUAUAAUUGAAUAAUUGAGUAACAAUUUUAAUUGUACAAAGACAUUUAUUUAUAUAUGGUCAUUUUUUACUGGCAUCAAAAUGCUGUAGGCUUAAAGAAAUGUAUUUGUUGCUCUUGUAAAACUCAAUGACAUUUAAUGUCAAUAUUUGCUUCUUAUUUUGCAGUUUUAUGAGACAAAAAAAAGAUAUACUUAAUUUCAUUCUUUGUAAUAGCUG